CAACACAAGAAACCACAAUAAAAUUAAAGAUUGCAAAAAUGGUUAGACACAGCAUGUUCUUGUUCUUGCUUUUAGGUAUGAUAAUUAAUUCUCGUAAUAUUGUAAAUGGUUCAAAAAGUGCGAAGCUUUGUGGGCAUUGCUCAAAGUGUGACACAAAACAAUGUCCAGCAAGUGAUGCUUACCCGCAUAUGACUGCACACGAUGACACUCUGAUUGCUGGUGCCAUGCAGUCUGAUUAUGUGGAUGUCAAUGAUAAUAGUGUUUAUUCAGUGCCUGAUUUUAAAGGUGGUGCUUCCUCUAAAUUUAAUUCUUACUUUGGCUGGGAAUCCUCUUCUGGUUCUGCUUCUGGCUACCAUAGGUUCAGAAACUACAUGGACAAAUGUUCACAUGGAGGAACCUAUCUAACAGUAGACAAGCAUGGCAAGGUAAAUCUUCGCUCAUUGAAAUCGCUACAAAACUUAUCGGAAGCUGACUGGAAAUCCGUAAACCCGCCAAAGAAGCUAAACCACAGAGAAUUUCGGUUCUGGGUGUCUCGUAGAACAGGCAAAUGCCUCACAGUUCUCCACGGAAAGUCCCAUAAGAAAACAGUUGGUGUAUCUGAAUGCAAGUUCGAUGGCUCGAACCCUUUUCAGCUCUUCGCGUUCCGAUUUCAUUACCAUAAAGCAUUCUGCUGCUGUGGACUUAGCAAUGAGUGAAUUCUUGAUGAUUAUAUAAGAAUGUUUACAGGCAUAUUGUCAUAAGAAUUAUGCAUUUCUGCUGAAACUGUGAACUGUAUGAU